CACGGUUCCAUGAUCUUUCCGCCUCAGUCAGUCAGAAGGAGGAAAGUUGUGAAGACAUGGACGCAUUGAACAGCUCAGUCUUGGACAGAGUCACUUUCAAAGUCAAUGGAAGUGUUUGCUCCGUUGGAUGUGAAGUGAGUUCUACUCUAACAUUGGUGGAUUAUCUGCGCAAUGUGCUGGAGCUGCGAGGCACUAAGUACAUGUGCAGGGAAGGUGGAUGUGGUGCCUGCAUUGUGACUGCCGUCAAGUGUCCUGGUGCACAACCGGUCGCAGUCAAUUCUUGUUUAGUGUCGGUGACAUCCUGUCAGGGCUGGGAGAUCACGACGGUCGAGAAAGUGGGCAACAAGUUGGAAGGUUACCAUCCAGUGCAGACACGUCUGGCCGAACACAAUGGUACUCAGUGUGGAUAUUGCACUCCUGGAUGGGUGAUGUCGAUGUAUAGUCUUCUUCAAUCGAAAAAGGAUUUGAGUAUGCUUGAAAUAGAAAAAUCCUUUGCCAGUAACAUAUGCAGGUGUACUGGAUACAGACCCAUACUGGAAGCGUUUAAAACCUUCGCUAAAGACUCUCCAGAUAAAUUACCUGACAUUGAAGAUUUAUCUGUCUGCAGUAAGACUGGAAAGAAAUGCAAUAAAGAUAAAAACUGUGACGAAGACGACUGGUGUUUGCUUUCAAAAGAUGAAGUCGAGAUUGUAAACAAUAUCUUUAUUAAAUUAAAAGAUGGUAGAUUCUGGUACACGGUUCCAACUAUCUUCGAUAUAUUUCGAGUGUUGCAUAUUGCCGGUGAUGAUUCUUAUAUGUUGGUAUCUGGGAAUACGGCUAAAGGAGCGUAUCCAAUAGACGAAUAUCCCCGUGUUUUGAUAGACGUGAGUAAUGUAGCAGAGUUGAAAGGUUAUAUCGUCGAUCAGAAUCUGAUUAUAGGCGCCGGCAAUACUCUCUCAGAACUUCUCGACAUAUUUCAAAUAAAAAGCCAGGAGGAAUCCUUUACUUACCUCCAACAAUUUUAUGAUCAUCUUCAGCUGGUCGCACAUAUUGCUGUGAGGAACAUGGGCUCGAUUGCGGGUAAUCUGAUGAUCAAACAUAAGCACAAAGAGUUUCCUUCGGACAUUUUCCUUCUACUGCAGACUGUUGGCGCGCAGUUGACACUCUCUGUACCUAGAAAUGGUAAACCAAAAGUAAAUAAAUGGGGUGCGCUACAAACAAUCUCUAUGGAGCAAUUUUUGAAAACUGAUAUGAGAUCUAAAGUCAUAGUGAAUGCGAUUUUGCCUCCAUUAAGUAAUACAUCAUGUCACGUCAUCACGUACAAAAUCAUGCCUAGAUCCCAAAACGCUCACGCCAUAGUAAAUGCUGGAUUUUUCUACAAAUACAGAAGCAACCAACAGCUGUUACAAGUGAGAGUUGCAUUCGGUGGGUUAUCCUCAUCAUUCACAAGGUCAUACCAGACAGAACGGUAUUUACUCGGGAAACCAUUGUUCACCAAUGAAACGCUACAGGCAGCUUUGAACAUUUUGGACAAAGAUUUAGUGGUGGAAGAGAUGCCACCUGAACCAUCGGCGGCUUAUAGAAAGAAAUUGGCGCUUGGAUUAUUUUAUAAAAGUUUACUAUCGAUAUAUCCAGGGGAUGGUCUGGGUGCUCGUUAUAAAUCGGGGCCAAUAAAGUUGCAUGAAAGUCGUCUCGUGUCGGAUGGCAGACAGAUAUUUGAUACCAAUCCUACGCUGUGGCCGUUAAAUCAACCCAUGCCGAAAGUUGAGGCUUUAAUCCAAUGCUCAGGAGAAGCCCAGUAUACAGAAGACCUGCCGUCAUUCCCGAGAGAGGUUUUUGCUGCCUUCGUCCUCACUACUGUUCCUAAUGGAAAAAUAGAAAACAUCGAUGCUAAGGAAGCACUGAAUAAACCUGGUGUUUUGGCAUUUUACACGGUCAAAGACAUUCCCGGGAUAAAUUCUUUUACACCACCCGAUUCCAUGUUAUAUUCAGCUAACGAAGAAAUUCUAUGUGAUGGUAAAGUGAAGUAUAACAACCAACCUUUAGGAAUAAUUGUAGCUGAAUCUAGAGUUAUUGCUGACAGUGCAGCUAAACUUGUUAAAGUUAAAUAUAGUGGUACUAAAAAACCUGUAAUUGAUCUAAAGCAAGCAAAAGAUGACACAAAGAGACUUAAAUCGUUUAAAGAAGACCCUGCUCUAAAUAAAGGUUUUGAUGUAGAAAAGGUAGUAAAAGGAGUGAAUCAUAUUUACGAUCAGUAUCAUAUGUGUAUGGAGACGUUAGUUUGUGUGACUCGACCCACCGAAGAAGGAGUGGAAGUACAUUCGGCUACGCAGUGGCUAGACGGGACACAACUAAUGAUAUCAAGGGCACUAAAGAUACAAGAAAAUAAAAUUGAUGUUUACGUCCGCCGUUUAGGUGGAGCAUAUGGUUUGAAGAUAUCUCGAACCAUUCAGUGCGCAAUUGCUAGUACUCUUGUGGCUCUAAAACUCAACAGACCAUGUCGGUUCAUACAAGCACUAACCACCAAUAUGAGGGCUGUUGGUAAAAGAUACCCUUGUUUAAAUGACUAUGAGGCUGGUGUUAAUGCUGAUGGUCUGGUUCAGUACGUGAAUUACGCAAUUUACGAGGGCAACGGUUAUACUUACAAUGAGACAUUGUCUAUGCUCGGAGCUGACUUGUACAACAAUUGCUAUAAUAAGGAAAGAUGGAAUUUUAAUGGAUAUGACGUUAUAACAGAUUUGGCAAAGAAUACCUUCUGUCGAGCCCCAGGUACAUUUGAAGCUAUAUCGAUGGCUGAAUUACUAAUGGAACACAUCUCUUACGCAUUGUCGUUAGAUCCCGUUGAAGUUCGAUUAACUAACUUAGAUAAUGAAAACAAUGAUCUCAGAGAAAUGUUUGAGACUUUGAAAAGUAAUUCGGAUUAUGAUAACAGGAAAAUAGAAGUACACAAAUUUAAUAAAGAGAACAGAUGGAAAAAGAGAGGCUUAAGAACUUCUUUCUCUAAAUGGUCACCUCUAGGAGGAAUGUUUUUAGAUGUAAACAUUUCUGUUUUUCAUGGUGAUGGAACAGUGGUCAUCACCCACGGUGGCGUAGAUAUGGGGCAAGGCGUCAAUACUUUAGCAAUUCAAAUAUGUGCAUAUCUUCUUAAAAUAGAUACGAAAAAGAUUCAAGUUAAAGGUAAUAACACCAUCAUUGCUCCAAAUUGUUUUAUAUCGGGCGGCAGUCUUACGACUUCAAAUGUCAGCAUUGGUGUUCAAAGAUGCUGUGAACAAUUACUCAUUAGACUGGAACCUAUUAGACUUACUUUGAUUGAUCCUACUUGGGAAGAACUAAUACAAGCUGCUUAUACAGCAGAAGUUGAUUUACAAGUUCAUGGUUUUGUUCGAAUUAAUAGUGAUGCGCAAAUGUACAAUAUUUUUGGUGUAGCAUUUGCAGAAGUAGAAGUCGAUAUUUUGACAGGAGAAUGUGAAAUCAGGAGAGUGGAUAUACUUCAAGACGUAGGGCGCAGUGUAAACCCUGAAAUUGAUAUUGGACAGGUAGAAGGUGCUUUCAUGAUGGGUCAGGGAUACUGGACCAGUGAAAAUUUGGUUUAUGAAGCUAAUUCAGGAAAUAUUCAGACAGAUCGAACAUGGAAUUACUAUGUGCCUCAAGCAAGAGAUAUACCGCAAGAUUUUAGAAUCUACUUCAAAAAGAAAUCUUUUGGCAAAGAAAUUCUUCUAGGCUCAAAAGCUACUGGUGAGCCCCCGCUGUGCCUGUCAGUAGUUGUAGCCUUGGCUAUUAGAGAAGCUAUCACGGCAGCACGUCUUGACACUGGAAUAUCAACCACUGAGUGGUUCCCAGUAGAUGGGCCUUACACCACAGAAAAGAAUUGCUUGCUAUCGGAAACAAAAAUAGAAGACUUCAAGUUUAAUUAGAUUAAAAAAAAAAUAGAAUUGCAAUUUCAAUUAUUUUAUUUAUAUGUUCUAGUUAUGUGUCAUUAUAGAUAUAAAACAUU